GUAGGGUUCAUUUUUUUUUUAUUUUCUGUUAGAAUUUCGCGGGUGAUAACAUUUGAAGUUAUUUUUAUUUUGAUGAAGCAUUGGUUACAGACAAAAGAGGGAUUGAUAUUACUACCAUCCUUUCCAGCGGAUUAUUUCAAAUAUAUUUAUUACAUCUUGCAACAAUAUGUCCGAUUCAUCAGAUUAUUGGUGUGAUUUGACACUGGACCAAGAGACGCUACAUAAUGUGGACGCUGCAAAUAAUUCGCACAUAGAAGAGUGUCUAGGGUUUGAUAACAAUGUUGGCGAUUCAUGGCUAUAUCCUAGUAAUUUACCGGAGCGGACCUAUCAGUUAAGCAUAGUAAAAACAUCACUCUUCAAUAACACACUCGUUGUGUUGCCGACUGGACUUGGUAAAACAUUCAUUGCUGCAGUUGUAAUGUAUAACAUCUACCGAUGGUAUCCGACUAGUAAAGUCAUAUUUAUGGCACCAACUCGUCCAUUGGUGGCACAACAAUUUGAGGCAUGCCAACGUGUAAUGCCAUUUCCUGAUGAAGAUACUAUUGAGUUGACUGGUAGAUUGCAUCGUAACAGUCGUAAAGAAAUUUGGAAAAAGAAACGUGUUUUCUUUGCAACACCUCAAGUGGUACUGUCCGAUAUGAUUGCCGAUGAAGACAAUUGUUCGUCCGACUCAAAUUUUCCUUUUAAACAAGUAAAACUGAUUGUGGUAGACGAAGCUCAUCGGGCAAAGGGACGAUAUGCAUAUACAGAAGUAGUUCGAGCUAUGGAGAAACGAAAUAAUUACUUUAGAGUGGUGGCACUCUCAGCAACUCCCGGUCGUACGAUGGAAGAUAUUGCUGAAGUGGUACAAAAUCUACUCAUAUCUCAGAUUGAAGUACGUUGUGACACGUCAGAAGAUGUGCUGCCUUAUAUGCAUAAAAGGGAUAUGAAAACUAUAGUAGUACAGCUUGGAAAUGAAAUAAAGGAAUUAUAUGCAGAGAUCUUAUCAAUUAUAGAUCCUUAUCUAAAGGACUUAAUUAGUGCUCAAGUAUUAAGAGGAUCGUUGAAAAACAUUUCACGUAAUUUCCUUUUGUUCGAACAGAAACGUUUUCGGGAGAUUAAUCAAAAUGCGCAAGAUCAAAAAAAAUUAUUGGUUUCAAAAAAUUUUUCCUUUUGCAUUAGUAUGUAUCAUGCUCUAGAACUAUUAGAACGUCAUGGCAUUCGUGUAUUUCUUAAUUUUUUCGAAAAGGACGAAGAUGGGCGGAGUAAUUUUGUUCUAAAUGUGGAACCUAAAGUGCGUAAUUUAUUGGAUCGUUUGCGUGAUCAAUUUGGUCGACACUCUUUUGAAAUUUUAACAAAUAUGAUGGUUAAUGGUCAAUUUGUUAAAAUGCCAGACAAUUUUGACUUUGGGCACCCAAAGUUUGAGCAAGCAAGAACUUGUUUACUUCAGCAUUUUCAAAUUACACCAAACUCGCGUGCUAUAGUUUUCUGUGAAUAUCGAGAAACAGUUAUGCUGAUGUAUCGAUUAUUGUUACAGCAUGAGCCGCUACUGAAGCCACGUUAUUUUGUGGGUCAAGGUGGUUUGCGUUCACUAACACAAAAACAACAAAUUAAAAUUAUGGAUGACUUUCGAAGUGGAAAAUGUAAUGUCCUUAUAGCCACCUCCAUAGGCGAAGAAGGUAUUGAUGUUGGCGAAGUAGAACUAAUUUUAUGCUUCGACAUCAAUACUUCCAAUCCACAACGCUUUCUUCAAAGAAUUGGGCGAACUGGAAGGAAAAAACAGGGUAGUGUUGUGGUAUUGGUUACCGAAGGCCGGGAAGAGCAAAUUUUCAAAAAUGUAUUAGCUCAAAAAGACUUAACUAAUCCAAGAAUGCUUCAAUCACUGUUAGUAAACAAAUCCCUAUAUAAGAAAUCACCACGAUUGGUCCCUACUGAUGUAGAUCCCAAAGUAAUUCGCGUUUUUAUAAAACCUACUAAAUCCAAGGAAAACAAUAAAGUCAUAAAUUCAAAAAACAGAACAAAAAAAAAGGUAACGUCUAAUCCUAACUCAAUGUUCAUGGAUCCUUCACAGCAUGGUGUAGAAACGCAGCAAAAUCUUGAAAAAUGUUUAAGAAGAAUCGAUGAAUAUUUCAAUACUUUCGAUGAUCCCGUGGCAUCUAAUACACAGCUGUUAAAGGGAAUUGCAUGUACGCAAAAAUUUUCUCAUAAAUUGAAUUCCUCUCAAGGAAUAUCUCUAUAUAAUUCUCAACGUUUUCGUAAUCUAAAAAGAGUUCUUGAGAAAAAUUCUACUUUAAUACCUUCCAAAGAAAUUAUUACAAAUCCGAUAGAACAAUUAAAGUCCUCCAAGGUAUCUAAUGAUGGAAAACGUUUUAUUUUACGCACUCAACCAUCUAUUGUUAGUAAUAUUUUUGAUAAGAUGAAGUUGCUGGAAAUAUUACCUUUAAAAUCCGACGAAAUGUCAGACGAAGAAAAAGAUAUCCGACAUUUGUACGACAUUAUUGAAAAACUGUUAGGGGGCGAUCUCUCUAUGGAAAUUUUCAUUGAUGAUGCUGAUAUUGAACGCUUAGCUAGACAACGAAUGUAUAGACCUCCCUCUGAUUAUGAUCUAAGUGACAGUGAGUACAAAGAUGUUUGCAAUAGAAUAUUCGAUGGAUUGGAAGAACAAGGACUUUUAUGUGAUAAUUUUGAUUACAUACAAGAAGAGCUGAAGAAAACUAAGUUUUAUGAAGACUCAUAUCCCAAACUAGAAAGUGAUGAUUAUCAACAAAUAUCAUGUUCACCACUAAGAAAUGAUACCGAUUCAAUGGUAUAUGAAACUGUUAUUUUAGAUGAAGAACCUGAAAUCAGCACAUUUGGUGAAUCUAGCCUAAAUAAUAAUAAUGGUGAUUAUCAACCUAUAUCACAUUCACCACUGAAAAAUGAUGGCGAUUCAAUGGUAUAUGAAACUGGUAUUUUAGAUGAAGAACCUGAAAUCAGCACAUUUGGUGAAUCUAGCCUAAAUAAUGAAUCUAUAUGGCAAGAUAAUUAUCAAAGGCAUAAACUUGCAAUAAAAGCAAGUAACAAGUCGACUUCAGUACAGGGUCCUUUAGCAAAAGCUUUUCAGCGGCAGCUUUCAAAGUAUGGAAAUAAAAUUCUCACAAAAAGGAAAUCAUUGAAACUAGAUGACGAUAAUUUUGGUACACAUAACAAUGGAGACGUUAUAACAUCAUUUGAGACAUCAGAUGAAGAUAAUCAGGUAGAAACAAGGGCCUUGAUCAGUGGAAGUUCAAAAAACUCCGAACCGAAAUGUAUAAAACCAAAUUUAAACAUCGAUAUAAAUGAUUUUUUGAAACCAUUUCCUGAAGAAACUCCUGACGAAUCAGUUGACAGCAUCCCUACUUUUAAAUCCAAAAUUGACAAUCGUAGUGUUCUUAGUAAUCGACCUUUUUACUCCUCCUCAAAUUUUAAUUUAAUUCAAAAAGGAAAUAAAUGCACUUCUAACGAAAAUUAUAAUUCAGAAGUCUUGGGUUCUAACACCGCCAUAACACCACAAGAAGGACUAACAGAUCUAGCAGAGCAAUAUAGAAAAUCAUCAACCCUGUUCGCUCCGCUCAAAAAAGAAGCUAAUGUUUUUUUAAAUACAUCAACUAAUGUCAAUCCUAAUUUAGAAAUGCAGAGUCCUAAUAGACCCAUAACACCACCAGAAAGAUUAUCAACUCAACCAAAGCUAUAUGAAAAAUCACCAACCCUUUUCGAAUUGUACUUGGAGAAUAUUAAAAGGUAUAAAGGGAACAUGCCGGAACAUAUAAAACAGUCCGUUGCCUUCGCAGAGAAACAGAUUCGCGAAGCAUCAUCUGAUCGGCAUUUAUUUUCAACAAUAAAUGUAUGUUAUAAUGAAGAAAAAAAUAGUGAUUCAGGUGAACCGAACGAGAGAGCAGUGGGGUCGGAAACUGAUUGUGAAGAGUUUAUUGAAACACAAAUCCCCAACCUUUGUACGGAAUCCAUUUCAAACACAUACAGAGAUUCAAGUGUUACUAAUACAAAGGUAGAAGAAGGGUCUGAAACGGAGUGCGAAGAAAUCACUGAAACGCAAAAGACUGUUGAUUGCUUCCGAUUACAACGGCAAAAUCGUCAUAAUCUGGACAAUAAUCCUGCAUGUAGUAGCGACGAAUAUAGUGAAAGGCCCUCUAAUCAGUAUAUAAAAGAAUUGAAUUGGAAUGAAUUUACAAUAAAGGCAGGUAACAAGUCAACUCCAGUACAGGGUCCUUUAGCAAAAGCUUUUCAGCGGCAGGUUUCAAAAUUUGGGAAAAAAAUUCAUACAAAAAGAAAAUCAUUGAAACUGGAGGACGAUAAUUUUGGUACACAUAACAGCGGAGAUAAAUCAUCUGACGUUAUAAUUUUAACGGACACAUCAGAUGAAGAUUACCAGGCAGAGACACAGGCCUUGAUCAGUGGAAGUUUCAAGAACUCGGAACCGAAAUCCAUAAAACUAAAUUUAAACAAGUGUUUUAAACAGAUGCCUUUAUUAUCAAAAUCAACCCAAAAUGACUUAAACGUAGACAUAAAUGAUUUUUUGAAACCAUUUCCUGAAGAAACUGCUGACGAAUCAGUUGAUAACAUCCCUACUUUCCACAAAAAAGCUAAUGAUUUUUUAAAUACAUCAAUUAGUGUCAAUCUCAAUUUAAAAAUGCAGAGUCCUAAUAGACCCAUAACACCACCAGAAAGAUGUAAAGAGAACAUGCCGGAACAUAUAAAACAGUCCGUUGUCUUCGCAGAGAAACAGAUUCGCGAAACAUCAUCUGAUCGGCAUUUAUUUUCAACAACAAAUGUAAGUUAUAAUGAAGAAAAAAAUAUUUCAUCGAACGUUUCAGUUGAAACGAAGGAGAGAGCAGUAGGUUCGGAAACUGAUUGUGAAGAGUUUAUUGAAACACAAAUCCCCAACCUUUGUACGGAAUCCAUUUCAAGCACACACAGAGAUUCAAGUGUUACUAAUGCAAAGGCAGAAGAAGGGUCUGAAACGGAGUGCGAAGAAAUCACUGAAACGCAAAAUGCCGUUGAUUGCUCCCGAUUACAAAGGCAAAAUCGUCGUCGUCUGGAUAAUUUUAUUGAUUAUGAGGCUGCAGCAAGUGGCGAUGAAAGUGACGAUGAAUAUACUGAAAUGCCAUGUAGUCAGUAUGUAAAGGACUCUAUGAUUGUAUCGAGUGAUGAGUUGGAUACAAUAGACGAAAAUGCACCCACAUCCUCUCAAAUGCAAGCACAUUAUCUUCAAUCCAUUAAAAGCCCCAAACCUAUAGCUCGUGGUGCUUUCAAAAUUCCGCCCUUCCGGGAGUAUAAUGAUCUCAGCCAAAUUUACUCACAAAUGCCCCCUAAAGAACCUUCCCAAUAUGUUUAUGACUCCUUUGUAGUAGCUGAAGAACAUGAUAAAGAAUGUAUGAAAUCACAAAAUGAAACAUUGAGCCCGCUGGAACGAGCCGAACUUAUUUUAAAAAAACAAAUACGUGCACGAAAAAAAUUCAAAAAGGUCGCCCAGUUUAAGAAACGAAAGCGUAUUUGCCAGGUUUCCGACAGUUCUGAUGACGACUUUAUUCCUCUUAAGUAAGAGUACAAAUUUGUAUGGUUUUAUUUAAAAAAUGCUUAGCACACCUGAAACUCUAGUAAGAUGAGUAGUAUAAUAGAUAUAUAUAUAUAUGCAAGUAUAAUUAAUAAAAUAUAAAAACUUAAUUUCUCGAACAA